UCAACUCUGGAACCUGGAAACCGAUUCUGUGUCUGUUUGAAAACAGUAUAUUCACCUUAAUGUAAACAGUGUAAAAAUGCCCAAAAAAGCACAAGAGGAUGCUGUUACUAAUAUGAAGACAGUAGAAGAAAUCUCCAAGCAGCUGGGCUUUGAAUGGACUGUUGUAGCCUAUGAGCUGGGUUUCACACGGGAGGAGGUUAAGGAGUUCCAUGUCAAGGUGCAGCAGAAAGAAUCUCCAGCUAAAAGCAUGCUGGAGUGCUGGUAUGAGAGAUCCUGGGACAAGAGCAAUAAGACAAAGUUACUGCAAGAUGGACUGGAGCGGGCGGGCCGCCGUGAUCUGGCUGAGCGUCUGCGCUGCCGUCACUGGGGACACCAGAAACUCAGCUGCAAAGUGGAGCUUCCUUCCGCAUUCCCUUACAUCAUCACCGUGCACAAGACCAUGAACAACAAAGAGGGCCUACGUCGAAUUAAUGAUCUCAACCCAAGUUACAAUUAACUUAUCAACUUGUAAUAGAAAACAGUAAUCAAUUAAGGUUUUUUAGUUGAAUUUGUUUUAGUUCACGUUAUUAUCAAGCUAGCUAGCAAG